AUGGCGCGUGCUACAGCAACGGCCCUUUUUGUUGCUAGCUUGAUGAAUUCGGCCUACAGUGCUGCAUCUCAAGCAUACACGUGGAAAAAUGUAGUUACAGGAGGAGGAGGAGGUUUCGUCCCCGGCAUUGUAUUCAACCCAUCUGCCCAAGGUGUCGCCUAUAUUCGCACUGAUAUUGGCGGCCCCUACCGCCUCAAUUCAGACGAUACAUGGACGCCUCUACUAGACGGGGUCAAUAAUAGCAACUGGCAAGUGAGAGCAGUUGCGCAUGACUGGGGCAUUGAUGCCCUUGCCACUGAUCCAGUCGACACCGAGCGCCUGUACGUAGCCGUGGGAAUGUACACUAAUGAGUGGGAUCCUAACCCCGGGUCAAUCCUGCGCUCCACGGAUAAAGGUGACACCUGGGAUGAGACUGUACUGCCGUUCAAGGUCGGUGGGAACAUGCCUGGCCGAGGAGUCGGCGAGAGACUUGCAGUCGACCCAAAUGAUAACAGUAUCUUGUUUUUUGGGGCUAGAAGUGGCCAUGGCCUCUGGAAGAGCACAGAUUAUGGUGUGACAUGGUCGAAUGUCACCUCAUUCACCUGGACCGACGCCAGUUCAACUUACACCUCGGAUCCGGUGGGAAUCGCUUGGGUCACGUUCGACUCGACCUCUGGCAGCGAGGGCUCGCCAACUCCAAGAAUAUUCGUCGGCGUGGUCGAUACCGAAGAGUCGGUUUUCAAGUCUGAGGAUGGCGGUGCGACAUGGUCAUGGGUCUCGGGCGAGCCGAUGUACGGAUUCCUACCUCACAAGGGCGUUUUGUCGCCAGCUGAGCAGACUCUGUACAUAUCAUACUCCAACGGUGCUGGCCCGUACGAUGGCACCAACGGAACAGUGCACAAGUAUAACAUCUCGACCGGAGUAUGGACUGACAUCAGCCCGACAUCAAUGGCUAGCACAUACUAUGGCUAUGGCGGUCUUGCCGUGGACUUGCAAGUGCCCGGCACUAUCAUGGUAGCCGCCUUGAACUGCUGGUGGCCAGAUGAACUCAUUUGGCGAAGCCUUGAUUCAGGCGAGACCUGGUCCCCCAUCUGGGACUGGAAUGGGUAUCCGAAUAUCAACUACUACUACGAUUAUGACAUCUCUAAUGCACCCUGGCUGCAGGAUGAUACCUCAUCUGCUGAAUUCCCUGUCCGGGUUGGGUGGAUGGUGGAGGCACUGGCCAUUGAUCCGUUUGAUUCGAAUCAUUGGCUCUAUGGUACCGGUGAAACAAUCUACGGUGGCCACGACCUGCUCAAGUGGGACUCAGCUCACAACAUAACCUUGGAGUCUUUGGCUGUUGGAGUUGAAGAGAUGGCUGUCAUUGGACUCAUCGCGCCUCCGGGCGGACCAGAACUCCUAUCUGUUGUUGGAGAUGAUGGAGGUUUCUAUCAUACCGACCUCGAUACUGCGCCAGAACAGGCUUUCCACUCCCCUACAUACGGCUCUACAAACGGCAUUGACUACGCUGGGAAUAACCCGGCAUAUAUUGUCAGAGCCGGUGCUAGCUCGACGCUGCCUACCGUCUCAUUGUCGACGAACUUUGGUCUCACCUGGUCGGCCGACUACGCAGCUUCGUCCAGUACGGUGCCUGGAAGUGUUGCACUUUCUGCAAAUGGUGAUACUGUGCUUCUUGUGCCUACGUCAGGCAGCCCGCUUGUCUCGACAUAUAGCAGCACCUUCAGCACUGUGUCCACUCUGCCCUCAGGAGCAGCCAUUGCGUCCGAUAAGUCUAACAACACCGUCUUCUACGGUGGCUCGGCUGGAAGUUUCUACAUCUCUACCAACAGCGGCGUCUCAUUCACCAAAACUGUUAGUCUUGGCUCGAGCACUGCUGUAAAUGCCAUCCGUGUUCAUCCUUCCGUUGCUGGCGACGUCUGGGUCUCUACCGAUAUAGGCCUUUGGCACUCGACAAACUAUGGCAGCAGUUUUACCCAGAUUGGCAGCGGCUGCACUGCUGGUUGGAGCUUUGGCUUUGGCAAGGCCUUAACAACAUCGUCGUACCCGGUUCUCUUCGGCUUCUUCACUGUCGACGGCGUCACCGCCCUGUACAAGACGGAGGACGAAGGUACCAAUUGGGAGAUGAUCUCUGACGCCUCCCACGGGUUUGGCGCGGCGUCGGCGAAUGUAGUGAAUGGCGACUUGAACAACUAUGGCCGUGUCUUUGUGGGAACGAAUGGAAGGGGUAUUUGGUAUGGCGUGCCUAGUGGAAGCCUGCCGGCAUCAACUGCAGCCUCGACCAAGACUUCUACGACACACACAUCCUCUACUACAACGAUUCCCACUACACUAGCAACUGCGUCUUCUUCCAAGACUUCAUCGUCAAGCUCGACAACCACAACUACUGCCUCGUCAACCUCUACGGCGACGGCCUCACCUUACGGCCAGUGUGGAGGCUCUGGAUAUACCGGACCAACCACCUGCCCAAGUGGAUGGACUUGUUCGGCCGAGAAUUCUUACUACUCACAGUGCGUGCAGUCAUAA